AUGCGUGAGUUAUUACUAGUAAGAAAGUUAGAAGAGGAGAAAGCAUUAAAGAACGGUCAACCCUUAAAACCGAGCCCAACGUCAAAUUCUUCCAAACCUAAUGACCCAAUGCAAUCAGAAAUACAGUCUCAAUCUGACCAAACCAACGACUCAAUCGAUACAGAGGAGUCAAUACAUACACAACAACCUACUCUUUCCGACUCGGUUGAUACAGAGCGGUCAAUUAAUAUUCAAAAGGAAAAUCUAAUUGACUCGAGAGAAAUUAAUACACAACAGCUUACCGACUCGACUGACACUGAUACUGAGAAGUCAAUAGAGGAUCCUUCUCAGGUUACCGAUAAUAAUAUCUUAAAGGAAAUACCCAUAACCACAGAGAAUACUCCAAAUAUAGGUAAUAGUGAAGAACAACAAAAGUUUGUUCCAACUUCUGACGAAAACUCUUCAUUAAGUGAAGGUACACUCACAGAUAUUAAGACGGUUGUUGAUCCAUCUAAGUCUAUAGAUAAAACAGACACAAAAGAAAGAAGUGAAUUACUUAUAAGGCGUGAUAGUCUAAGAGUAUUCUUUGCGAAGAAAAAACAUCAGCCUUCAAAUCAAAGCGACAUUAUAGACAAUCUAGAAUUAGAUGAUGAUACACAUCAAAUCCAAUCAAUAGAGAGUUCAAAUCAUCCAGAUAAAAUACCUGAAGAACGCGAAACUAUCGAUUCAAACGAUUCAACCAGUUCGAAUAUCAUCACUUCAAGUAGUCGGUCCACUCAAGAGAGUAUAGAGUUGAGUCCGGAUGAAAAACGUCAAAGAGCGGCUGCUAAUCGAGUGGCGCAACGAAAAGAAUUAAAAAAUCUGAAGAGACAGAAAAAACUACAACAAAAUGAUGAUCAGGACGUUAUUAUAAUGGCACCCGCUAAAAAAUCCACUGAUGUUGUAUCUGACGACACGCCAACCGUUGUAGUGGGUUCUAUAGGGUCGGAAGAAAAAAUAGUAGAAAAACUUCGAAAAAGACGAUCAAAGACAUCUGAAUCUGACCCAAAUGUUUCAGAUGGUUCAAUAGAUUUAGAUAUCUUAAUUGCUGAAAAUAGUGAUUUAGAUUCUACUAAAAUGCCAUUAGAAGAUGAUGGUGAAGAUUCUGACGAUGACGAUUUUUGGAAGAUCGAUCCUGUAGAGCUCGAAAGGCAUUUGACCCCAUCAACUACACCCUUACGUCGCCUAUCACCAGAUCCUCAAUCACCUAAUAUGAAUAGCAUUUCUCCUCACAGAACAUUUGGAGUUAUCGCUGAAGAGGAUGAGAAUUUCAGUGAUACACUUCUUGAAGUUGAUGGACAAGAAGUUGAUGAUAUCUUAAGUUCUAAGAUUGGCAGUUUAAAUAUUGAAGAUGGGGAAGAAAAUAUGGGAAUGAUGUUAGAUAUACCAAUGUUAAAAGCAUCUUCUCCGUUUUCAUCUCAAUCGGAUGGAAAACCAGGAACUCCUGUUGGAACAUUUAAGACGGGAUAUAGUUCACAUUUUAGUCCAUCUCCUCUUUCACCUACAUCUUCUAGAGCUUCUUCUCUUGGUGACCCGGAUGAAUAUGAAACAAUGUCAAAUGGUUCAUUUACUUCAGUUCGUUCAACUAGUAGUACAAAAUCAGGGGCAUCCGGAAUACGGAGACCUUCAACAACCACCGGACUUCGUACACCUAGCCGAGCAGGUUCCCAUACCCCUUCUAGAAUGGUUACUCCUACAAGAAUUGAACAUAAUUCAAAUUCAUCCACAACAACGCCUUUCAGAUCAAGAUCCACUAGUGUUGUUAGUAAUAGUUCAACCGAAGAAAGUACAACUUCAUCAAGAGGUACAACUUCUCCUUCGAGAAUUGCCUCACCUACUUAUCGUAUGACUAUGCAUAAUGUUGCUCAAGCCAUCUCAGAAAAUAAUAAUCAUCAAAGACCUCCAAGUCGAAUUAGUAAUGGUUCAGCUGAUGAAGUUUUAAAUAGGUCUACUUCUAAUAAUGGUUCAUCUCCUGGUGUUCGAUCACUGAGCAGGGCUGGCUCAGUAGCUACUCCCAAAUCCUCGAGUAUAGCUUCAAGUACCCAAAGUAGAAUUCGCAAUAGUAUGCCACCCGGAUCAAUUAACUCUAAGAAAGUUGGAACUCCCGCCCGUUCUUUAUCUCAAUUACAACAACCUUCAACAGGUUUGGUUCGUUCAUCUAGUCGAGCUGGUUUGGUUAAAUCACCCGUUCCCCCUACUCCUACUUCACCGCCAAACUCACGUUCAUUAAGUCGCCUUGGAACAUCUCAGAAAGCUUCCACAAUAAAAAAGAAUCGACCGAAUUCUAUUGCCGUUGGAAAUAAAUAUUCUAAUGAUCAAUCCCUAUAUGAUAAAGCUGACACUAAGAUGGUUCCGGUUGAUUCAUCAGGUAUCAGAUCACCUCCUGGUGUGAGAUCCAUUAAUCAAUAUCUUGGUAGUCGUCAUAGUUCUGACAGUCUAUCUUCGCAUGAUGAAUACCUCAUAUUUACACCACCAGAAUCGCCUACCGGAGCUUCUGAAACGGAUUCACUUACUUCUUUAGCUAGUUCGGUCUCUUACGGAUCAUCACCUGGUAGAGGUUCAUCCCCAGUACCCUCUCAUAACUUAUCAAUGACUUCUCCAAGUCGAAUUGCAUCGAAACAAAACAAAAGAACUUCAAUGAUUUCACCACCUACUCCUUCAUCGGGAGGUAGUAAACUUCCUACUACCAAAGCAAUACCACCUUCGAAAUUUGCAAGUCCUGGUAAUAAUAGCACAUCUAGACAAUCCAUUCACCAACCUACAGGGUUAAGACCACCUUCUCAAAUUGGAUUUCGAAAAACAAAAUGA